AUGUUUCGCGGUACUGCCCUUUACUUCCUAGCUUUCAACACCUUAUUGGCUCUUGCUGCCCAACGAGAGAACAUCAAACUGAAUCUCGAGGGUACCUUCAGCUGCCUUGCUAUCCAAGAUGUCCUCGAAGGCGACAAGGGCGAAAGUUUAUCGGUUUAUCCCUGUGAACGCGAUAGCAGGUCCAAAUGGGACAUCGAUCUCGAUGAGGGCGGACCAAUCACUUUAUCCGGAACUUCUUUGGAAGUCAAGACGAUAGUGACGGAUGGAGUUUAUGUCAAGGUUGCACUGGACGAGCUCAAUGAUGAUAAAUGGCAAUUCGCAUCUGAUGGAAAAAUCAGAUAUAUCGCGAACGACCUUACUCCCUGGGGUGGUAUUGAGCAAUGUCUGGGUCAACCACCCAAAUUGAAGAACGGGAUGACAGCCAAUAUUGGCUUGGUAGAUUGCACUGACGCAGACAGUCAACAAGGUAAGCUUUUAUUCUUUUGA